AUGAAGGAUGUCGUCCGCACAAACUUCCACUGGUACAUGAUGUUUGAGUAUGUCAAUGGCGGUCAGAUGCUCGACUACAUCAUCUCCCACGGCCGCCUCAAGGAGAAGCAGGCCCGCAAGUUUGCCCGCCAGAUCGCCAGCGCCCUCGACUACUGCCACCGCAACAGCAUCGUCCACCGCGAUCUCAAGAUUGAGAACAUCCUCAUCAGCAAGAUGGGCGACAUCAAAAUCAUUGAUUUUGGCCUCAGCAACCUCUUCUCCCCCCGCAGCCAGCUCAAGACGUUUUGCGGCAGUCUGUACUUUGCCGCGCCCGAGCUCCUCCAGGCCAAGCAGUACACGGGUCCAGAGGUCGAUGUGUGGAGUUUUGGCAUUGUUCUCUACGUCCUCGUGUGCGGCAAAGUGCCCUUUGACGACCAGAGCAUGCCCCAGCUCCACGCAAAGAUCAAAAAGGGCCAUGUCGACUAUCCGCCAUGGCUAUCCAACGAAUGCCGCAAUCUGAUCCACAGGAUGCUGCAGACGGAUCCGACGCAGCGACUGACCCUCUCCGAGAUCAUGACCCACCCUUGGCUGACCAAGGGGUUCAACAGCCCCCCGGAGAACUAUUUGCCGCACCGAGAGCCGAUACAGCUACCUCUGGACCCCGAAAUCAUUGAGCAGAUGCAUGGCUUUGAUUUCGGCACCACUGAAUACAUCACCACCCAAUUGACCAACGUGAUCCAGUCAGAAGAGUACCAGCGUGCUGUGCGCCUGGCAGCUCGCAAGGCUACUGCGCAGACGCCAGACCUGGAGAAGAAGAGGGGCAUGUUUGACUUUUACAAAAGAAGGAAUUCAAUCGGGAGCAGGGAGCAGCUGACGGCCUCGUCCUCCGAGGAUAUCCAGAGGGGACUGGAUCCCGUCAAUGCAUACAGCCCUCUCCUGUCCGUCUACUUUCUUGUCAAGGAGAAGCGAGAACGUGAACGGCUCGAGGCGGAGCCCGCCCCUACCCCCACGCCUCAGGCCUCAGAAGAGAAGCCGCUCAAGAUGCCAGAUCUCGCGGACUUCCUUGGAGUGCGGUCUGGUGCUGGUCCUGCGACUGGCGGGGGACGAUCUUGA